AUGGAUCGGAAAUGGAUGUUUGCUAGUCGAUUAUCAAAAGAAUAUGAAGAUGGGGUGAAAGAGUUUCGUAGAUUUGCAGUUGAGCAUGCAAAAAACCCUAGUAGAAUUAUUUGUCCUUGCUUGAAGUGUUGUCAUUCAAGGGUAGUGAACGCAGAUGAGUUAGAAGCACAUUUAGUAUGCAACGGAAUUGAUAAAAGUUAUUCAUGUUGGACCAAACAUGGUGAAAAUCAAAAAAAUGAUAUAGCACAUAAUGGGCAUGAUAGCACAAGUUAUGCACCACAAGAGACUGACACAACAUAUGACUUUGACCAAGUUGAGGAGAUUGCAAACAUUAUUGAAGAGGAUAUGCGAGAUUGUCCUCAAAUGUUUGACAGGUUGACAAUGGAUGCAAAAACACCAUUGUAUAAUGGAAAUGGAUGGUCUGAUAAGAGCUUUACUGAAUUACUAUCACUUUUGAAAGAUAUGCUACCACAAGAUAAUGUACUUCCUUGUCGAAUGUAUGAGGCUAAAAAAAUGUUAAGCUCUAUUGGUAUGAGCUACGAGAAGAUUCAUGCUUGUCCAAAUGAUUGCAUUCUUUUUCGAAAUGAAUAUGCACCAUUGGAUAAAUGUCCUAAAUGUAGAGCAUUACGUUACAAGAAAAAUUCAGCACCGAUGAAAGUGGUAUGGUAUUUUCCUAUAAUACCAAGAUUUAGGCGCAUGUAUCAUAAUGCACAAGAUGCAAAGAGCUUAAGAUGGCAUGCAGAUGAAAGGAUAUGUGAUGGAAAGCUUCGACACCCUGCUGAUUCUCCUCAAUGGGCAAAAGUUGACCAUGAUUACCCAAUUUUGGAAAAGAACCAAGAAACCUACGUCUUGCUUUGUCCAAAACAACCCGGGAAUGACAUAGACAUAUACUUGGCACCUUUGAUUGAAGACUUGAAGGAUAUGUGGAACGAAGGUGUAGUGGUGUAUGAUGGCUAUAUGGAAGAAAGUUUCCAGCUAAGAGCAAUGUUGUUUGGCACAAUUAAUGAUUUUCCAGCAUACGGUAAUCUAUCUGGAUAUAGUAUCAAAGGGAAGUGUGCAUGCCCUAUAUGUGAAGAUAAUACAGAUUGGGUGCGAUUGGAACAUGGUAAGAAAAAUGUUUUUCUUGGUCAUCGCAGAUUCUUACCUUCAAAACAUCGUUAUCGAGGGUGGAGAAAAGCGUUUAAUGGAAGAAUAGAAGAACGUAGACCUCCAGAAUUGUUGUUUGGUGAUAAAGUUUUUCAUAAAGUAAAGAAUAUAAACAACAAAUUUGGUAAAACUUUUGCAGCAGAUCUAGUCACAUUUGGGUGGAAGAAAAAGUCAAUCUUUUUUGAGUUGCCAUAUUGGAAAUCCUUGUACAUUGUUGAAUGUCCUGGAAAGUCUAAGGAUGGCAUCAAUGCAAGGUUGGACCUACUUGAUAUGGGAAUUAGAACAGAAUUAGCACCAAUAAAGAAAGGUAAACGUCAAUAUCUACCACCAGCAGCUUAUACUCUAUCUAGAAAGGAGAAAUUUGUGUUUUGUAAGUUUUUGCAAGGAGUUAAAGUUCCAGAGGGUUACUCAUCAAACAUCAGAAACCUAGUAUCUAUGAAAGAUCUAAAACUAAAAGGGUUGAAGUCUCAUGACUGUCAUAUUCUCAUGGAGCAUUUGCUACCGAUAGGCAUACGUUCCAUUUUACCUAAAAAGGUAAGAUGGACCAUAACUAAACUAUGUUAUUUCUUUAGAGCCAUUUGUAGCAAAGUGAUUGACACUGGAAAAUUGCAAGCACUAGAAAGAGAAAUUAUUGUAACUUUGUGUGAGCUUGAAAUGUUUUUCCCACCUUCUUUCUUUGACAUAAUGGUUCAUCUUACCAUUCAUUUAGUUAAAGAGACACAAUAUUGUGGGCCAGCAUAUAUGAGAUGGAUGUACCCAAUGGAGCGUUAUAUGAAGAUAUUGAAGGGUUAUGUGAAAAAUCGAAGUCGACCAGAAGGAUGUAUAGUGGAACGAUAUAUACUUGAAGAAGCUAUUGAGUUCUGUACUGAUUACCUCUCUAAUGUUGACUCAAUAGGACUUCCAAAGUCUCGACACUUAGCAAGAACCUCAGAGAGGGGAUUACUGGAAAGACUAUAA